AUGUUCUUUGUUCUGUUCAUACUGUGUUGUUAUGCUUUGGAUAUUGGCACUGCCACAGACACUAUCAAUUCAUCUCAGUUCAUCAAGGACAAUGAAACUAUAACCUCCGCUGGUGGCAACUUCACCUUGGGGUUCUUCACCCCUCAAAAUUCUACCAAUCGUUUUGUGGGAAUUUGGUGGCACACCAAUUCUACUGUCAUUUGGGUGGCUAACAGGAACCAACCACUGAAUGAUUCUUCUGGAGUCGUUACCAUAUCUGAAGAUGGCAAUCUUGUGGUGUUGAAUGGUCAUAAUCAAGUGAUUUGGUCAACAAAUGUGUCCACAACAUCAUCCAAUACAAGUGCCCAGCUUUCAGAUUCUGGUAAGCUAGUCCUCGCUGAAACCACAAGGGGAACAUUGUGGGACAGUUUUCAGCAACCUUCAAAUACGUUAAUGCCCGGAAUGAAAACUUUAACCAAUGCAAAAACAGGUAGGAAAGUAGAACUUACAGCAUGGAAAAGCCCUUCUAAUCCCUCCGUGGGGAGCUUCUCUGCCAGUGUUCUUCGACGCAUAAAUAUACUCGAAGUGUUCAUUUGGAAUGAAACUCGACCAUACUGGCGCAGUGGUCCAUGGAAUGGUGUGAUCUUUACAGGGACACCCAUGUCAUCGUUUCUUUAUUCUUUCAAAGCUGGGGAUGAUGAGGAAGGAAAUACAUAUUUCUAUUACACAAUACCAAGUCCGCUAGAGAUUUUUAUCUAUGUGUUGAAUUCGCGAGGCCAACUUAUAAACCUAUCGUGGAAUGAUACGAAUGAAGAAAUGGAAAUUUCGUGGACAAGUCAGGAAUCGGAUUGUGAUGUUUAUGGAAUAUGUGGGCCAUUCUCUAUUUGUAAUGCAAAAAACUCACCAAUUUGCAGUUGUUUGAAAGGGUUUGAGCCGAGGAACAAAGAAGAAUGGAAUAGACAAAACUGGUCAAGUGGAUGUGUUAGGAGCACACCUUUGCGUUGUGAAAAGGUCAGUCAAAACGUAAGUGCAAAGGAAGAUGGCUUUUCGCAACUGCAAAUGGUUAAAGUUCCUGAUUUUCCAGAAGGGUCUCCUGUUGACUCUGAAUGCAGAAGCCAAUGCUUGGAGAAUUGCUCUUGUGUUGCAUAUUCCUAUGAUAUUGGAAUUGGUUGCAUGUCUUGGACCGGGAAUCUCCUAGACAUACAACAAUUCUCAGAGGGAGGACUUGAGUUAUAUGUUCGUGUAGCCGAUUCUGAUCUUGAACAUGGGACACAUACAGCAAUCAUCAUUGGAAUUACAGUGACAGUAGUAACAAUCAUCAUAGUUACUUGUGCAUAUGUCAUGUGGAGGACUUCCAAUCACCCAGCUAAAAUAUGGCACUCAAUCAGAUCAACAAGGAAUAGGAACAUCAAAGAUUUCCAACGAUUGAAAAAAGGUGAACAAGUUAAACUCCAGGAGCUGUUACUGUUUGAUUUUGAAAGGCUUGCAACAGCCACAAACAACUUCCACCUGUCCAACAAACUUGGGCAGGGUGGUUUUGGUCCUGUGUACAAGGGGAAACUCCAAGAUGGUAAGGAAGUAGCAGUUAAAAGACUUUCUAGAGCAUCUGGACAAGGUCAAGAAGAAUUCAUGAAUGAAGUAGUGGUCAUUUCCAAGCUUCAACACCGUAAUCUUGUAAGACUUUUUGGCUGCUGCAUUGAAGGUGACGAAAAGAUGUUGAUCUAUGAAUACUUGCCAAAUAAAAGCUUGGAUGUGUUAAUCUUUGAUUGGAAGAAGCGCUAUAGCAUAAUAGAAGGAAUAGCUCGAGGAUUGUUAUAUCUUCACAGGGACUCCAGACUAAGAAUCAUACACAGAGAUUUGAAAACAAGUAAUAUCUUGUUAGAUGAAGAGCUAAAUCCAAAAAUAUCAGACUUUGGUAUGGCUAGAAUCUUUGGAGGAACAGAAGAUCACGCUAAUACUAAUAGGAUUGUUGGGACAUAUGGCUACAUGUCCCCUGAAUAUGCAAUGCAAGGACUGUUUUCAGAGAAAUCAGAUGUCUUUAGCUUUGGUGUUUUGGCACUAGAGAUUCUAAGUGGAAGAAGAAAUUCAAGCUUUUAUGAUGAUGAACAUGUUCUUAGCCUCUUGGGAUUUGCCUGGAUACAAUGGAAGGAAGACAACAUAUCUUCUUUAAUAGAUCCAGAAGUAUAUGAUCGUAGUCACCAUAAAGAUAUUUUAAGGUGCACUCACAUAGCUCUUCUGUGUGUACAAGAACUUGCUAUAGACCGACCCUCUAUGGCUGCAGUAAUUUCUAUGCUUAACAGUGAGGUUGCGUUUCUUCGUCCUCCAAGUCAACCUGCAUUCAUCUUGAGGCAAAAUCUGCUGAAUUCGGAGUCAUCUAAAGGAAGUCAUAGAUUUUCCUCCACCAACACUGCUAGCAUUACAACUAUCUCUGGAAGAUAG